CCGCGGCCCCGCUAGCCCAGCCGCCCCCGCCCGCUGCCGCCCUGCCGGGCCGGGCCGGGCCGAGCCGAGCCGGGCCGAGCCGGGAGGAGCCUUCCGUAGCGCCCGCAGCUGUCAUGGGUGAGACGGCGCAGCCCCCGCGGCCCGGGAUCGGCGUAGGGGUCGUGGUCACCAGCCCCGCGCACCCCAACUGCGUCCUCCUGGGCAAGAGGAAAGGCGCGGUGGGGGCCGGCACCUACCAGCUCCCCGGAGGCCACCUGGAGUUCGGGGAGAGCCUGGCCGAGUGCGCCGCGCGGGAGACGCUGGAGGAGGCGGCACUGCGGCUGCGCAACGUGCGCUUCGCCUCCGCCGUCAACUCGGUGUGCGCCGCCGCGCGCUACCACUACGUCACUGUCCUCAUGAAGGGCGAGGCGGAGCCGGGGGCGGAGCCGCGCAACCGCGAGCCCGAGAAGAACGAGGGCUGGGAAUGGGUUAAAUGGGAUGAAUUUCCUCCAGCGGAUCAGCUCUUCUGGGCCCUGCGCUGUCUGAGGGAGCAAGGUUACAAUCCCUUUUCGGAAGAGCUCGAUCAUCUGAAGGGGUACACUGGAAGUCACCAACUGACGUAACAAACCCAAGGACAGACCUGCUUUUUUUGAGUGAAUGAGGAAAGCAUGUACUGUGCUCACUUUGCCCAUGUGAAAAUGUUACCCUUCCCAAAGCCAAAAUGUUUCAGUGCUCUUACUGUGUUUCACAUGACAAUUGUCUCUCAUUCCACAGCUACUUCUAGCUCUAGUGGUUAACAGUUGAUGUUUUCUUUUAUAGAAAACUCAUAGUGUUUUAUCUGGUUAACCUUUACAUGGAUGAAUAGCCCUUCGGAUCUCAGAACUACUCAGAGAAGCUUACUCACUUGGAAACAGUUCCAGCACCAAGCCCAAGAGAAACUUGAUUUCCUUAAACUACUGUCUUGCUUUCUGUGUAAAACUACUUUGUAUACCAUGCUGCUUUUCUGUAAUUAUAAAUCCUGGGCCAAGUUUUAAACUUAGCCUUGACUCAUAGCUUCAGUUAAGGCACUGUCAUGAACAAAAGUCACAUUUUACAAACACCUCAUUCUCCUGCAGACAGUAGUAUAUACUUGAAAAUCAGGGCAUGGUAAACAUGAAAAGCUUGUGGUGGCUUGUUGCAAGGAAUGAAAAAUCCUGAACCAUUCCUGCCACCCCCUUUCAUCACAAAGUUCUCUCUGCUGCCACAGUUACAUUCAGAUUUAUCUACAGAAGUGUUUCAGAUCUCUGCAGUUGAUCUGAAUGCCUGAUCGUGUUACUGAACUUGUAAUAGUUUAAUGGAGAGGUGCCUAUAGUGUUCUACUAGGCUGACACAAAUAGCAUUGUACAAACUAACCUCAUGUAUAGGUGUAGCUCUAUGGCACAGGUGUACUUUUUGGCUGAAGAGGGCUGCCAGUAUUAAAACAGCACAGAUGGGUGUAAUUCUGUAUGGCUACUGGGAUUGGAUAGCAUUGUCAGGUGACUAAAUGAUUGAAUUGGUAGCGAAUGAAAUCAUGGUACACACAAAGAUACAUACAAAACCAAUGAGUUGGGGGGGGGUUCAAUUUUUCUAGAAUCUGUAACCAAAUUUGAUUCUUAUCCAGAUGUAGUCAUUAGGACAUCAAUUAAUUUUACGAUGUGGCUUUUAAAAAACCACCAAUUGGCUCUUUUUUUCCCCUCUUCAGAGUUCUUCUAAAACACAGGUUUUGCCUGUUUCAUCUAGAUAUACCCCUUGAACAAAAUAUUCUGAGAGAACUUAAAUUUCUUUUGAAUAAAACAUAAGCACAAUAUUGAAAGAUUAAAAUUGUCUGAAAUUAUGAAUUGAAUUGUCAGUUCUUCAAAGAAAUGAGCUUGAAGAAUUUAAAGCUCUUCUUUACUUGGCACAUACAUUUUCUUAAAUGGAGAUGGCUUUUAUUUGCUGAGAAGCAGAGUGAAGCGAGUUAGAAGGAUGGUACUGAUGAUAGCAAGCCUCCUGUUUAGAAGUAUUAACUACACACAAUUUCCCUUAGGACAGAUACUCUUUCUCUGAAGCGAAGAAAGAUGAUAACGCUAUAAAGCAGCUUUGAAAUGGGAACCAUCACUGAAAAUUCUUUUACUACUGUAUCUUUGUAAAAAGCUUAUUUUUUCUAUUCAAAAGUGGAGAUUUUCUUCCUGAAAGCAACUUUAUGUACACAAAGUUAUUCCAUUCAGCUGUCAACAAAGAGGCUGUAGGAAGAGUUGACAAAUGUCCUGCCCGUCUGUUCCAAAUAGUAACGAAAAAAAACAUUCUAAAAUUGCAUUAAAAUAUUUUAUUUUAGAAAGCAUCUAGCUCAUGAUGGGAAAACAUGGGUCACUGUAAAAUGGUUUGUCAUGCACUAAAUUCUUGGUUUCCAUUAAUGGUUUUAGUUGUUCUGUCUGUUGUAAAUACACAAGUAGUUACUGAAAUGAGGACACAAACAGUAUCUCCAUAUGUCAGGGUUUCUGUGUGCUUUCUGAGUGGACUCUUGAUGAUUACAGUGCAUUACUGCAAUCAGCUGUCAGCAAUCCCUAAAUUAAAUAACUUGUUCUGUAUGUGUCAUGCAUUUAUACUUCCUCUCCCCACCCAAAAAUUUGAUUCUCUGUAGUUCUUGGCUGCUAAGACAGUCCUUUCAACUCAAUGUUACAUUUACUUUGAUUUUAGUACUUGUGUAUAUAAUAGAUUUUCCUAUUUAACAGAUCUAAGCCACUAACAGAACACGCAAUUAAAAAUUUGUCAUUUGUUAAA